AUGUGGUUCACUACUCUUUUCUGCGCUGCUGUCUUGACAGCAACGACCAUAGCGAAUCCCAUAUACGCGACGAACGGCACCAACACAACCUAUGUUGGCCCAGAAAGUGGUCAUCUCGUGAUCGUUGGAGGAAAUUUACAAAGCGAGAGCAUCUACCAGCGCAUCAUCUCCCUCGCUGGAGGCCCCAAUGCAUCCAUCGUAGUUGUUCCCACUGCCGGCGGCGAAGAUACCUAUGACCAGAACUUUACCACAGCCGUGGCUUUCCGAAAAUAUGGUGCCAACAAUGUAACCGUCUUGCAUACGUAUGACCCCGCCGUCGCCGAUACCGACGAGUUCAUCGCUCCUUUGUUGGGUGCCAAGGGUAUCUUCUUUGGUGGUGGACGACAGUGGCGGUUGGUUGAUGCAUACGCUGGAACCAAGACUGAAGUGGCUUUUCAGGCUGUUCUGGAUGCAGGGGGUGUUAUCUCAGGAUCGAGUGCUGGCGCGAGCAUCAUUGGCAGUUUCCUCGCACGCGGUGAUACAGCGAAUAAUACCAUCAUGAUAGGUGAUCACACUGUUGGCUUUGGAUAUCUCAAGAACUCAGCCAUCGACCAGCACGUCUUGGUACGCAACAGGCACUUCGACAUGUUUGAGAUUCUCAACGCCUACCCAGAGCUACUUGGGCUGGCGAUUGACGAAGACACUGCUUUAGUAGUCAACAAGAACGAGCUGGAAGUCAUCGGCAGCACGUAUGCGCUGAUCUACGACGGCGGCUUUUGGUCCAGGGAAGGAAGCUGGGAGAGGCCUCUACCACCGCCCAAUGCGAGGUUCUACUUCCUACGGGAAGGCGAUAAAUAUGAUCUCGGAACAAGAGCAGUCAUUGAGCCGGAAACGACAGGCGGUGGUGACGAUGUAUGA